ACCGUAAUGUAUGGAUGUUCUUACUCAAUCUUUUUCUCUUGGUCCUGGGGUUUUCUGAUUUGAGAAAAUCAGUGUUGAGCGUUCAAGUCUCUGCUGACAAUCUGUUGGGCCAAGCAAACAGGGGAAGAACAAAAUAGAGUUGAAACAAUGGUUUCUUCUCUCUCCUCCGCUAGAGCUCUCGGAGCAUUCAUCCCAAGAUUCUCGAUUGGCUUCUCCUUCCAACGCUCCAAAUCUUUUGCUCUAUACAGUACAGUUUUAAUAAGCGGCAACCUAUCAUCUUCAUCAUCGUAUUCGGCUUCUUCGUCGGUACAAUCAUACGAACGCCCGUCUUUCAGACCAGCUAGAAAGAUUUGGACUUUCUCUCCCCUCUCUAUGGGCAGGCGUUCCUGCAAGAUUGCCGGUAGAAAGGGGGCUCAAGAUGCAAAGAAGGCAAAGCUGUAUGCAAAAAUUGGAAAGGAAGUUGUAUCUGCCGUCAAGAAAGGUGGUCCUAAUCCUGUGUCAAAUACGGCUCUUGCUUCUGUACUUGAGAAGGCAAAGGAGCUUGAUGUGCCAAAGGAAAUUGUAGAGCGCAACAUAAAGAGAGCUUCUGAAAAGGGACAAGAAGCAUACAUUGAGAAAUUCUAUGAGGCUUAUGGUUUUGGUGGAGUGGGUAUAAUAGUUGAGGUUUUAACGGAUAACACAAACAGAUCAGUGGCAGCUAUCAGAGAGGUGGUGAAAGACUGUGGUGGGAAGAUGGCAGACCGAGGGUCUAUUAUGUUUAAGUUUAGACGUGCUCGGGUUGUAAAUUUAAAAGUCAUGGAUGCUGACAGAGACCAGCUUCUUGCCAUUGCUUUAGAUGCUGGUGCUGAUGAUGUCAUUGAACCUCAAGUGUAUGAGGAUGACACUGAAGAAGAUAUGUCUGAAAGAUACUAUAAAGUUGUGAGUUCAGCAGAAAAUUAUGGAGCAAUAUUAUCAAAGCUACAUGAGGAAGGAAUAACUUUUGAACCUGAUAAUGGAAUGGAACUACUUCCUAUUAGCCCAAUUGAGGUUGACGACGAAGCGGUGGAUUUGAACAAGGAACUCAUGUCCAAGUUACUUGAACUUGAUGAUGUUGAUGCUGUAUAUACAGACCAGAAGUGAGUAAAGAGACUUCUGGUAACCAUUAACUACUAAAUGAGGUUCCUGAAGCCAUACAUGAUAUUUGUUGCAUCAGUGGGUUUAGAGUCUUAGCUGGGAUCUUUUAGUCUUUGCUGUCUACUAUAUGGUCUCUCAUUAGGGCACUAUUUUACCCUGCAUUCAGUUGAUUGAUACACCAGCAAAAGCAGAUAUUUUUUCCCUUUUUUUCUUUCUUGGGGUUGAUAGUUGUGAGGCUUGUUUUCAUUGAGUCUUUAAUUAUUUUUUCUAAGAAAAGGAUAAGAAAGAGCUGAUUAAGGUAUGCAGCUCUUUAUACGGGAUCUAAACAACUCCUAUUCUUGUUCAAAUAUCUUGAGAUUUUUUCAGUUGUCA